AUGGUAUCGACGCUCCUCCGCCCAACGCCGCUCUUCCUCAUCGCCGCCCUCCUCCGCGUCGCCCUCCUCCUGUACGGCACCUUCCAAGACGCCCACUCCGCCAUCAAAUACACAGACAUCGACUACCUCGUCUUCACCGACGCAUCCCGCUACGUCUGGCACGCGCAGUCCCCCUACGCGCGCGACACCUACCGCUACACCCCCCUCCUGGCAUGGCUCCUCGUCCCCACCGUAUCCCUCUUCUCCUUUGGCAAAGUCGUAUUUGCGCUCGCCGACCUGCUGGCCGGAUGGCUCAUUGUCCGCGUCCUCCGCCGGAGGGGCCUGCCCCCCGAGCAGGCAGGCGCCUUCGCCGCGCUGUGGCUCUGGAACCCCAUGGUCGCAACCAUCAGCACGCGCGGCAGCUCAGAGGGCCUGCUGGGCGUCCUGACCAUGGCGCUCGUGUGGGCCGUCGAAGGGCGAAGGGUGAAUGUCGCCGCGGCGGUGCUGGGCCUCGGGGUGCACUUCAAGAUCUACCCAUGCAUCUGGGCGCCCGCCAUCGCGUGGUGGAUGGACGAUGAGCACAUGCAGCGCAAGCAAGCAUCGCCGCCAGCCCGCCUCGCGGGAUUCCUGUCCAGAGACAGAAUCCAGCUUGCAGCCGUGAGCCUCGCCACAUUCAUGGGCCUCAACGUCCUCAUGUACGCCGUCUACGGCCACCCGUUCCUCGUCCACACCUUCUUCCACCACCUCACGCGCGUCGACCACCGACACAACUUCUCGCCCUACAACGUCCUGCUGUACCUCGCGUCUUCGGAACCGGGCACCUCUCUUCACGCCGAGUCGCUCGCCUUCCUCCCACAGCUCUCGCUCUCAUGCGUGCUCAUCCCGUUGGUGCUGGCCAAGAAGGACCUGGCGACAUGCAUGAUGGCGCAGACAUUUGCCUUUGUGACGUUCAACAAGGUGUGCACCUCGCAGGUAAGGCGUCCCGACACACUAGCUACAGUGGGGGGUUCGUAG